AUGGCUGUAUUUGGUAUACGUACAAGAUUUGAUGAGAAUGAUACAAGUAUAAAACGACUUGAAUUAUUUCCAUCUGGUCUAUCAAUGGAAGUCAACGAUUAUGUGGCUACUGAUGCAAUAUCAAUAUCACGUCGUACAAAUUUGCAAAUAUAUAUUGUUAAAGUAUUAAGUUUACUUGCUGAAGAAGCAGGAAUAAAUGAUCAGAAUCUAAAUCUUCGAGUGUUUACUAUUGCUAAUGAUGUACUUGAUGUUGAAAAAUUUCUAGCCGAAAGUCUUCAACGUAAUCCUACGUCUAAUGUACCAAGAACAACAACUUUACAGGAUAUCUCAGCACAAUUUUCAUUUAAUUUUAGUCAAUUAAUAGCACAUGAAUUAGGUGAUGAAAAUGUUAUCUCAAUAUUAACACCUAUAUAUUUGUUAAAUACAAUGUAUUUUACAGAUGCAUUUGAAUAUUUGACAAAUGAUAACGAUCCUGUAUUUGCACGAAAGAUUCAUAAUUAUCUUCGAUGGCGUCUUGUUUCGACUUAUAUUGAGGAUCUAUCAUAUAAUUAUGUUCAUGCACAUCGAUUAUAUCUUAAUGCUUAUUAUGGUUAUGCAUUACAUACAACAAAUGAAGCUUAUUGUACACGUGAAGUUGUACGUCGAUUUCCACUUGCUAUUCAACGUUUAUAUAUAAUGAAUUCAACAAGAUAUUCUAAUACUGCUACAACAAUUCAAACAAUUUUUGAUUCAUUAAAAAAUGGAUUUAAAGAAUAUAUUAAUCAAAAUGCAAAAUGGAUUGUUGAUGAUGAUACAAAAAAUAUUGCUAGAGAAAAAAUUGAUAAACUAACAGUAGCUAUUGGUUAUACAGCAAUUGCUUCAGAUGAUACAUUACUUGAUAAUUAUUAUCAAAAUUUUACUGUUAAUGAUAAUUCACAUCUUGAAAAUGCAAUAUAUUAUCAUCGUUUUCAUCGAUGGAGUUUAUCUAAUUCAAUACGAAAUCCAAAUAUGCUUGAUCAUUGGGAUUAUUUCGAAACACGAACAAGUCGACUUUUUGAAUAUAUUCCUAUUUUUAAUCGUUUAUUUAUUAUUACUAGUGGUAUGAAUGAACCACUUGUUAAUUCUGAAUGGCCAUGGCCUGUUAAUAUAGGAUCAAUUGGUGUUCUACUUGCUCAAAAACUUUUUGCUAGUAUAGAUGGUCCUGAAGGUAAAUAAUUAUAAUUAUUAUUAAUUUAUAUAUGUACUCAAGGCAAUGCCAAAAGUUCUGGCCAAGGCGUUUAUAGGAUCUUUUCGGAAUAGGGAACUUAUUGAGGUACGUCGAAUGGUAUAUAGUAAAUCCUGUUUUCAUAAGACUUUAAAGAAACUAGAGUCAAUUUACUGAUAGAUGACUAUACAUCCACAUCCAAGCAUGAUAAAUUUCUGAAUAGUGUGGUCCUUGGUAUUAGUAAAAUAUUUUUUCUCACAUACGAUUUUGUAGAGUUUUUGACGGACUAACAACCUUCUAUAUGUAGCGUCUCCGGUCAUCUUGUCAAUGUGGGUGUGUAAUCAUCUAUCAGUAAAUUAACUCUAGGUCUUUCAAAGUCCUAUGAAAACAAGAUUUACUAUAUAUACUAUUUGACGUGCCUCAAAAAGUUCUACAACAUGGUAUAUUUGGUUUUUCAUUUCUCAAUAUGUUCUCUUGUCUGAAAAGAUCUUUUAAACGCCGUGGCCAGAACUUUUAGUAUGCCCUAAGUAUAUGUAUAUACAGGGCUUAUCAAAAUUAUAGAUCCCCUUUUGUCGUUGAGAUUUUUCAAUGAAGACGAAUAGCUAGAUCAAAUCUAAAUAGUG